GAUGUACGAAUUAUACAAAAAAUUUGACAGAAAUGGAGAUGGAACAAUUACAAUUGAAGAUGUUCAAACUUAUUUUCAAGAAAUAGGUCUUGGUUUUGUAUCACCAUAUUUGGCAAAAGGGUUAUUUCUGUUAGUUGAUAAAAAUCAAAACGGCCGUCUUGAUUUUGUUGAUUUAAUGGGAUUAUGUUCAAUAGUAUAUAAAUUAACUCAAACAUUUGGUGGUACUGGUGGUGAUAGCGGUGGCCUUUUUUAA